CUUGUCUUCUUUGCAAAUGUUCAGUAAAAGUCUAUGAAACCUUUAAUAAAUGGUUAUUAAAGACAUUUUGUUCCAGUGGAAAUCCUUUCUACUUGAGUUUUCCAUGAAGCUUUCCUCCGAUGAAGCAGCGUCACAGACCAUCAGGUCCUGCACAGCCUCACACCAUAUAAACACAACGUUCGGUUCCUCUUCCUGACCCCUUCAGUGAUCCCUCUGCUCAAAAACUGGAUCUGUCGGGUGUAGGCCCGCCGCCUGCCGCUAGGGGCGCCACCUGCGGCCAUCAGGUGGCGGAGAGCCGGAAGUUGUGGCGUUUGUUUCCUGUGGAGCCUUCCGCCAGCUUAUGGCACGCUUCAUGUGUCGGUUAUUCUUGCUUUCAGUCUUUUAUCGUCGCCUCAGUCAGAGUUGAGCUGCACGUGACCACUCCGGAAGUCACCGGUUUCCAUAAACAAAGGUCCGUCGGUUCACCCGCUGCUGCUGUCGCCCCCACCGGGCGGUUCUUCUUCCUGGCUAGCUUUAGGUGGAUGACCCUCCAGUCCGUCUGCGCUCCUGGUCUUUAGGAGGUAUUAGGAGGUCGGGUUUUGAUGGCCAGCGAGGAGCAGCACCGACCCGCCGCGGAGCACGACUACGCGAACACGGCGGACGGUGACCGUGGCAGCCCGCCGGCGGCUGCGUUUGUGGCCGCCGGGAUGGAGUACAGGGUUCCGGUGGAGGAAGGCUGUCCCGGAACGGACCCGGACUCCCGGGUGACGCCGCGACACCCCGCGCGGCCGGAGGACAGGAACUGCUCGUGCUGCCAGCUGCUGUUCGAGCGCCACGGACGCUCCUUCAACCGCAGGGCGGUGUACACCUUCACCACCCCGGACACCGUGCGGUGGGUGUUCCCCGAGUCCACGGUCACGGAGAAGUCCUUCCUGUGCGAAAGGUGCGCGCAGGUGAUCCGCACCAAGGGGAGGCGGAAACAGAGCGGGAAGCGCAGCCUGUGGCUGAAGCCGCCCACGCCCAAGAAGACCAAGGACAAGCAGGCGGCUGGCUGCAGGAUGGGCAAGAAGAGCACAGCGGCCCUGCUGGUCAGCAAGGCCAGCUACAAGGCCGCUCUCCAGGUGCUUUGGUCAGCCAAAGGCGCCCGCAAACCCAUGUUAGACUUCUUCAGUAAGCAGCUCAAGAUGGAGAUGAAGGAGCUGUCUCGGAAGGCAGACAGCCCCUUCCACCUGAAGGUGUCGGGCAGGAAGCCACUGUCCACCUUCCCCUGGCGGCGGUGUGCAAACUGGGCCCAGGAGACCGCUCCGCUGGUGGGAACCUGCCUGCGUUCCAUGUUCCCCGAUGUUAACGCCAUCCUCAAAACCAGUCGUCAGCUGUCGGAGCAGCAGGCUGUGUCGCUGCUGGAGCGCCGCACCGUGGUGGCACUGUCCAUCCCACUUUUCACCAGAAACAACUGGAGGAACAAGUUCUUGCAAGCUGCCCUGGGGGCGGAGCUACACCUGCAGGGCUGUUCUGGCUCCGCCCUCGACACCCUCAACACCAUGGGCUUGUGUCAGAACAAAGACACCGUCAAGUUACUGCUGCAGCGGCUGGGAAGCAGCAAAGAUGCGCUGGAUGAGGAACACGAGCAAAGGAGAGAACAGAUGGAAGAAGUUUCAACUGAUGACAAGGAUGACAAAGAGGAAGAGGAAAUGGUGAUGACCGUAGAGGAGGAAGUGGAACAGGAAGAAGUGCAGGAUGAGAUUUGGGAGGAAGAUGAUGAAUCAGCAGUCAAGGUGAACGAAGCUAAGAAGAGGCGCAAGAAAGCAAAGAGGAAGGUUAGAGGAAGACGAAAGCAAAGGGAGGAAUCUGAGGGGGAAGAAGGGUCAGAGCAGAAAAAGAGGAAGGUGGUGGUGGUGAGGCUCGGCCUCCUAAAGGGGCACUCUGAGGUGGGAAGAUCUGACCUAUCAGCUCCUUAGGAUGCCUCAUGCUCCGCCCACAACUCGAGGCCCACCUCCAUGACAUCUUACAAGGUGCUUUUGAAGAAGACUGGUGGUAGCUGGGCUGAAACCCCCUCCCUCCUCUGCACACGCUGAUCACAUGACUGCCUCCAGCUAGCAGCUUUCUGAAACUCACCGCCUGUCCUUCCAGUGAUUCCGUUGCAAAAGUCUCGCUGCUUUAACCCUUGUGCUAUCUUAGAUGACCCCCCCCCCCCCCUCCUUACAUUGAGGUGUUCUCCCUACCAUGACAAAGGUGGAUAAAGGUGGAAAGAUUUCAUGUAAUCCAUGGACACCAGUGAAGAUCACAAAUCAUUGAAGAAAAAAGGUUCAGAGCACUGUCUAGUGGGUCUAGAUGACCCAACUCCCAACGUUAAAGUGCCUAGGAUAGCACAAGGGUUACAAAUCUGCACACGAUUGCUGAAGAGGAGGCCAAACAUUUGAGAACGUUCAGAGGAAGAUGACGAGCACGGUGAGGUCCUGUCCAAUCAAAACACUGGAUCUAAAGCAGCUUCAUGAAGUCAAAGCUUUCAGGGCUUCUGUGUUUGCAGGCUAGUCUGAUGUGUCUGUUACCUGAACGCUUCUUCACCUCAGAUCUGUAACAGCAAUCUGUCCUUCAUAGCUGGAUGAGAUUCCAGCUUCUGCCUGGAUGUCUACAGAUCAGCAGAAAGCCCUGUCAAACCGUUUCUAAUACUCAACAUGCUGUGAUGAACUUCCUUCACCAGAGUUUGAUAAACAUGGUAGCUGCAGGCAGGUUGAGUUUCUGAGUGUUUUUAAGCACAGUAGAAGAAAGGAUCUGUAUGAGUAAAGUGCCUUUCUGCUGGGAUGAACCCAAAGGGGAUGACCUAACCACACCGCAGCAGCUCCAGAGUUCUCACUCAGUGCAGCCUCAGCACCACUCCCACCAUCAGAGCACUGAAAAACAAAGCUGCUUCAAUCUCUGAAAAGGUUUAUUUCCCAUUUCUGGCAAUAAAAAGUUCUUUACAUCA